AUGACGACUCGGUCCGUUGAACAGGCUGCAGCGCGAGAGAUGCGUACGCGCGCUUCCGUGAGGACAGCAACCUCACCGAUAUCCAGCACUCCAGCUCAAGAUGCCGUCAUGGGAGUGUUUCCUGCACAAAGGCGACGCCCGACGCUACCCCCACUGUCACACUGGACAACUCAGACGCUUAUCGACCCUGGCAGCCUGCGACGAUUGCUCUCUGGUAGCGCGCGGCAGGAUGCGAUCGAGCCCACCGCGUCGCCUCUUGUUAAUUUCUGGCCGAAUCCUGAGCUGCGGCAGCGUGAUGCAGCGGCUGUUCACAAAUUCGUCCGGAAACGCGAGUCGGUUAUUCGCUGUGUUCAUGAUGCGAUUGCGGCAGCUGUCGAUCGCCAGAAACAAUACGCGGAUGUGCGAGGCCGUAAACAUUUCGAAACAUUUGUCGUACGGGAUCGCGUUCUAUUAUCGACGGCUGGAAUUCAACCAUCUUUAGUGACGAAUUUGGGCACGAACAAGCUCGUGCCACGAUAUAUGGGCCCAUUUAAAGUGUCGGAGGUACUUGGCGAUGUUUACACACUGCAACUUCCUACCGCUCUCCGGCUACCCCCACCUUCUACGUGGGACGCCUGCUUCGGUACCAUCCUACCGUUAUCCCCAGCGACGCUGGUUCCACGCGCCAGCGUCCCAGCGUUGCACGCGGCGACGCAGUUCCGCAUUCUCCUGCUUCAGUUUGUCCACGCGACGAUGAAGGCGACUCAGAAGCUGCGCGCUCGCAGCCUCCUCUUCACGGGCGCGGUCCACGGUUCCAGCGCAACAGCGUGGACAUCAAUCCACAAAGUGCGCGAAGCAGCACUGACGAUCCAAGACGAAAGUCCGCAGAUCUGGGCUGCCAGCGCACUGACGGAAAGUCGCUCGUGA